AUGGAGGACGGUGGUACCCAGCACCUGGGAUGCUGCGUGGUUGACAUGAAAGAGCUGAGUGCAGACCCCGAAGGACUGAGUUCUGCUGCUGGAUCUUCAACUCUGAAGCUGCGGCAAGUCGAGUUCAGCAUCGCCUGUAAUGAUCUGGCGGCCUCGGGCAGAGACAGGAAGCCCAAUGCUUUUGUCCAGGUGGCUGUCAUAGAUCCCCAGAGGCAGCAGCUCGUCUUCCACGCCUGCACAGAGAUAGUGGAGGCAAACAAAGACCCGCUCUUUCUGACGGGGGUGACCUUCCCUUCAAAGUAUCCUGACAGCCGAGAUUCGCUGGUCAAACUAACUGUGUAUGACGCAAAAAACAAGAGCCAGGAGUCGGGAUCCUUCCUUGGCAGCGCUACUUUCUCGAUCGGGGACCUGCUGAGGGCUAAGGAUGGACGACUGACCUUGAGUCUGAGGUCCUCAGAUGGUGUCUGUACAGCAGGAACAGCUGUAGUGAGUCAUCUGAAGAUGGGUGAAAUGGAGGAGGCUGACCACAUCGCCACCGACACAUCCUCCCAGAAGUGUCCUUCGGCCUGUGAGCCUGCCGACCCGUCCUGCAUCCUCAGAGAAGAUGACGCUCUAACUGGGCCAGUGUUCAGAAACCCAGUAUGCAAGUUGUACAGAUUUCAAACGAUGGACAGCAAGUGGAUGCUGGUGCGGGAACAGAUGGAGGAGUGCACUCUUUCGUUCACCAUCCCCAAGCAGCUGCUCGCGCUCUACAUUCAGGAGGACCAGAGCAGGUUGCAGAAUCUCGAAGAGUUGGGGGAGCUGUCUCCUCACUGGGACAACCUAAGGAAGGAGGUUGUGACGCGUUAUGGAGGAAUCAUCAACUCUUACCAGGAGACUCUGGCUGAACUAGAGAAGAUGUCUGGGUCGUUCAAGCCGAGCUGCUGCAAAGCCCAGAAGUCUCUGGAGUUCAUUCCAAUAAACCUGCACACUCAGAGGAUGAGGGUCACCUGCCCCCAAAAAACAGAUGCUUUGUACGACAUUAUCACCGUGGGUGCUCCUGCUGCCCACUUCCAGGGCUUCAAGUGUGGAGGCCUCCAGCGUCUUCUAAGCAGAUAUGAAACAGAGAAGAAGAGCUUCAGCACUGCCUACCAGUGUAUCUACUACUCCCCGCAGCACACAGCCAAAGCCCAGGAGGUACUGAGCACUGUCAGCCUCCUCCAGCCCCUCAUCACAGCCUUGGCCGACCAGCUACUCCAGGCUGCCCUUGAACAUUCCUCCCCUGGACUCAAGGAAGCCCUGAAGAGCCUCUCUGACAAGACGGAGCAUUUUGUUCACACCCUGAAGGACGAGUUGGUGAAGAGCGCCCUUUUAGCGCUGCACGCAGCCCGGCCAGGGUACGUCUCCAGGAGCCAGAGGCAAACCCCGGUAUUGGGCCAGGGGGGGGACCACAGUCACAGUCCAGUCCAAGGACUUCCGGGUCACAGUCCAACCACGCCUGCCACAGAAAGCCCAGUGGUGGGUAACAAUGUGGGAGGAGAGGAUGGCGGGUCACUAAAGCACCAAGACUCCAUACCGCACCACAAAGAGUACGAUGAGGAGGAGUGGGACAGAGUGUGGGCCAACGUGGCUAAAUGUCUUAACUGUGUGAUCGCCGUCGUGGAUAAACUCCUAGAAGGAGGCAACAGUAAACAGGAAGCUGGAGCCGAGCAGCAACUGGCCGACGUCAUAACCUCACACAACCCAGCAGGUGACUGGCGAGAGCAGCUGAGUCCUCCAGUGAGCAGAUUGAAGGAGUGUGUAAUGAAUGUGGUGGAGAAAGCAAAGAGAGCAAUGACAUUCGUCCUCCUGCAGGAGGCAGUGUGCAGCAUACCCCAAGGCUUCCAUCUGCAGCAGAGGAGAGACGUGGUCUUCAGUCAGGCACUGGCUGCAUUGGCGUGUGGCUUUGUGAUGAAGCUGUAUGCCGGCUUGCAGGACAAAGACUUCCUGAGGCAGCUCCACCUGGUUGGCCUGGUGGCUCAGUUUGAGAGCCUCCUAAGUACCUACAGUGAGGAGAUCGGGAUGCUGGAAGACAUGGAGGUUGGAAUCUCUGACCUGCAGAAGGUCGUAUUCAGGAUCACAGAGGCCAAAGCCGAGGACCUUGGUGAGCUGCAGCCUUCAGUUUGUGGCCGACGAGACCACUUCACUGUCGAAGUGCCAUUACCACAAGUGAUUUUCCAGUCCUUGCCAGAAGAGAUCAAGGGGGGCAAGCCUCUGCGAGUGUUCCCGGUGCUGUUCAACGUGGGCAUCAAUGAGCAGCAGACCAUAGCUGAGAGGUUUGGCGAUGUCUCUCUUCAAGAAAGAAUAAACCAGAAGAACUUUGAGGUUCUCGAGGCCUAUUAUAAAACAUUAAGAGAAAAGCUGCCACUAGAAUGUCUACCGUGUUUUCAGACACACGCUGACGUUAAGGAAUUACUUGAAACACUGGGCCAGAAUGUAGUCACAAAGAAGAGGAAGAAUGUGGAAAUACUCUGGAUCGCUGGAACUAUUUGCCGAAGGUUGAAUGGAAUCCGGUUCACCAGCUGUAAAAGUGCCAAAGACCGAACAUCCAUGUCUGUCACGUUAGAGCAGUGCUCCCUCCUGAGGGAUGAACACCAGCUCAGCAAGGACUUCUUCGUCCGCGCUCUGGACUGCAUGCGAAGAGAAGGAUGUCGGAUUGAAAAUGUUGAAAAGAAUAUCAGAUGCAGGAAAUACGCCUUCAACAUGUUGCAGCUGAUGGCCUUCCCAAAAUGCUACCGACCUCCAGAGGGGACUUAUGGCAAAGUUGACUCCUAAGGAUGCAUGGCAUGCGGUGUGUAAAUAAACAUUUCGUAGUAUCAAGGAUUUUAACUUGGGUGCUUACAAAGAAGAAUGAAAAGGUAAAAAGUUAUUUUUAUUUGUAUUUAUAUAAACUUGGUACAGUUAUUGUCUUCCACAAAACUGGACGUAACAGUAUUGCUUCAAAACAAGAUGCACUUUCUACCUUAAUGCUCAUUUGUAUCGCCCUGGUGGCAGUACUCAGCUCUAUGCCAUAUUUAGGUCUGUGUGUGUAAAUGAAAAUAUUUUUUAUGCGAUUCGUCUGCUCAACUGUGGCUAUUUUUUCUCUUUGCUGUAUUAGAAGAAUAGCUAAAAGUGCCUAAUUUCUAAAAAGACCAUAUAUAUGCUUAUUUUCAGUUUGUACAAUUUUGAUAUUGUUGACUUGGUUUAAAGUUUAAUGCAUGUUUCCCACGUUUAUUUGAAAGUUUGUUUGUUAAAAUGUUGCCAUAAAUAAAGAAAAUGUUGCUCUUAGUGAAAAUCUAUUUUAUACUUCACUACUGUUUGCAGCUAACAGUAUGUAUUUAUAAAAAUGUUUAUCAUCUAAGCAUGAAUAAACUUCUGCUCUCUCUACUUUCAUGACUCUCAGCUGUUAACCUUUUUUUUGAUGGAGUAAUUGUCAGCUGUGUUGCGAUGCCUACUCCAUCCUUUCCUCUCUGCAUAAGCUGUCUGGUUGUCAUGGUUCUCACAUGGCUUCCGCCAACGGUUUUAAUUGCCUGGUUCCUUUUGUCUCCUUCUGCCUUGUUUUCUGGUCAUUUCCCACAGUCCAGUCUGUGCCUUCCUUUGUCUACUAUUAAAAAACAGUGUUUACCA